AGUUCCGGUUACUAACUGACUGCGUGCCAUCUCUGCAACGCUUUAUUAUAGUCGAGACGAAAUCCCUAGAAUCGUCGCGAAUAUUCUACACAAUUCUAGUAUUGUGUUUCCGCUAUCUGAAAAUAGAUGGCGUUGUACAUCUCGAGCGUUCUAGAUGCUACUAGAUCUUUCGAUAUUCGGUAAUAGAUGGCGUUACUCUUACUGGCGUAACAGAUAUAAGAAAUAAGAUUUCUUUUAUAAAAAAAUACUUAAACUUUAUGCACACUAAACGGCAACUUCAUAAUAGGGAAAGCUAAUAUUAAUGAUUCAAAUUAAUUCACACAAUAUUCUAACAAUUUUCUAUCUGUUCUUAACUUGAAAAUAAAUUCCAGUCACGACGCGACGCAUCAUGUCAUUUAUGUAGCUAUAUUUUGUAUUUUAUGAGUUUAUAGUUAAUGCAGCAUUAUCAUAACGCAUUUAUGCCCUUAUGAGGUCAAAAUAGACGAUGAUGUUUUUAUAAAUUAUUUGCGGCGGACGGUUUUUUGAAAAUUUUAGGCGCGACUUUAAACUUCUAGGGAUGAGAGAUAAUAAAGUCGCAGUGUGCAAUAGGAUUUAUGAGAACAAAAUAUGAAACUAUACCUAUCAAAUACCCGUGGAGAUCUUUCAUUUGGUCUCUGAAGUAAAGGAUACUCAGAGGUAGCUUUCCACUUUUAUUUAUAAAAUUGAAGUCUUAUUUAUUAUAAACUAGUCCCAUGAAUUUUCUGUCCUUUGAAAGGAAAUACUGUUAAAUGAUGUAUCCUGCGUGAACCACAAUUCAUAUGCUAAUUUGUGUAAACCUACCUUUCAACUCUUUUUUUUAUUGCAUAGAUGUGUGGACGAGCUCACAGCUCACCUGGUGUUAAGUGGUUACUGGAGCCCAUAGACAUCUACAACGUAAAUGCGCCACACGCCUUGAGAUAUAAAUUCUAAGGUCUCAGUAUAGUAACAACGGCUGCCCCGCCCUUCAAGCCGAAACGCAUUACUGCUGCACGGCAGAAAUACGCGGGGCGGUGGUACCUACCCGUGCGGACUCACAAGAGGUCCUACCACCAGUGAAUGAACUCAUAUGCCUGUAACUGACCACGGGUAUCCUGAUGGCACUGGACAUAUGGCAGUACGAAGAAGGAACGUGGCCAGGACUGAUCUUUAUCUUCGAUUUGCAAGGAAUAGCAAUGGGCUUACUGUCCAAAUUGGAUAUACGGAAUAUACAACAGUUCGUAGCUUAUUUCUCUGAUUCGUUAUUGGCCAAAUUCAAUGGUCUGCACUUCAUAAAUACGCCCUCGUUCAUGGGACGCUUGAACGCACUCACAAAAGCUUUCGACAAAAAUGAGUUUAUGCAGAAAGUUAUCGUCCAUCAAAACGGUAGCAACACAUUAGAGCAGAUUAUUGAUAUUGACAUCUUGCCUAAGGAAGCUGGCGGCAAGUUUAAGAGCUUGGUAGAGUGUCAACAGGAAACAUUAGAAAAAAUACGAACUAACGAAGAUUAUUUCGAAGAGGAGAACAAGAAGAGGAUCGUUGAAGCACUAAGACCUGGAAAACCGAAAACCAUAGCCGAUUUCUUUGAUAGCGUUGAGGGAUCCUUCAAGAAACUGGAAAUCGAUUAGCAUUAGAUACAAGCGGAGUGUGAAGGGAUUGUUCUACAUAGACUGUGGAUUGGUUGUGCCCUGUGCAUUGCCAGCGUUACUGAUUAAAAUGUCGGCGCGAAAGCGAAUUAGUCUGGAGGAAGAGUACAGUAAGCCGACUGGUAUCACUGCAGAUGACAUUGCCAAGCUACGCCAAUGGUUGGACACUCAACCGCAUCUGCCGAAGAACCUUACCGAUCUAGAUCUGAUCCUGAUCUAUCACAAAUGCGAUCGCAGCCUCCAAGUUUCUAAACAGGAGAUCGACAAUCAGUAUACCCUGAGGACACUCUUCACAUCCUUCUUCAAGGACCGAGGCUUAGAUAAGGAAACUGAAACAUUCUUCCAGACCAUGCUGGUCACAGUCCUACCGGAAAGAUCCAAAGCGGGCGAUACGAUAUUUUACGGAAGAAUGUUGGACUCGGACGUUAAGAAUUUCGACUUUGCCACCAGUAUCAAGGGUAUCUUUAUGGCACUGGACCUAUGGCAAUAUGAAGAAGGAACGUGGCCAGGACUGAUCUUCAUCUUCGAUUUGCAAGGAAUAAAAAUGGGCUUAUUGUCCAAAUUGGAUAUACAGAAUUUACAACAGUUCGCAGCUUAUUUCCCUGAAGCAUUAUUAGCGAAAUUCAAUGGUGUGCACUUCAUAAACAUGCCCUUGUUCAUGGACCGUAUAAACACACUCAUAAAAGUUUUCCAUAAAACAGAGUUUAUUCAGAAAUUCAUCGUCCAUCAAAACGGUAGCAACACAUUGGAGCAGAUCAUUGAUAUUGACAUCUUGCCUAAGGAAGCUGGCGGCAAGUUUAAGAGCUUGGCAGAGUGUCAACAGGAAACAUUAGAAAAAAUUCGAACUAAUGAAGAUUAUUUCGUCGAGGAGAACAAGAAGAGGAUCGUUGAAUCACUAAGACCUGGAAAACCGAAAACCAUAGCCGAUUUCUUUGAUAGUGUCGAGGGAUCCUUCAAGAAACUGGAAAUUGAUUAGCAUUAGAUACAAGCGGAGUGUAAAGACAUUGUUCUACAUAGACUGUAGAUUGGUUGUGCCCUGUGCAUUGCCAGCGUUACUGGUAGACACUAACUACGUACUUCAAGUUGUGAUGAAAUAAAAAAUAAAGUCAAAA